AUGGAAGCUAACACCGAAAGUAACAGUGUAACCAGUCACUACGAGAUCUUCACUGGAAUCUGGACUAACUGGUCCCGCGGACCGGUCUUUGGACGAACCCUUACCCUCCCACGGCGCAACGGUGAUCUCCUCAUCGCUUUCAUCGCACUUUUUGUUACCAUCGUCGGCACCAGCUUCUGGAGGAUCCUAUGCUUCGCCCUUCACAGCCUCUUCUCUACUGACAAAACACGCGAUGGUAUCUACCACCAACGCCAGGCCAUCCUGCGCAACUCUGCGAAUGGAGCGAGUGGGCUUGUUCGCUUCAUUCAGGCCAUGUGGGCAUGGCGACGUAGAGACUCGAAGCCGUACCGCCGCAUAGUACCGCUUAUUACCUCCACUGCGCUAUUUCUCUGCGCCUUUGGCGUGGCAUCGGGCUUCUCUUCAAGGGUCUCAACGGGCAUCGGCAACGAGGUGCUCAUCCAGACCCCCGAUUUCGGCAUAGCCACAGGCGAGAGCCUCACAUAUCCACAAGUGCUCAAAAUUUUGUAUCCUCAAAACUCACGCGACGUCAUUUCGUCCGCGACAUAUGCGCAGCGGUGCUACACGAACGACACGAACACGGCCAGCUGCAACGAUUACAUCAAACCGCGCCUGGACUUCCAAGUUUGGCAUAACGCAUCCUGCCCGUUCGGACCUGAGAUGUGUAAACUCGUCGACGAGAACAUCUUCAUCGAUACCGGGCUGUUGGACUUCAACAACGAUUUUGGCGUGAACCUGCCUCCGAAACGGCGCUUCCAAUACCGGCACACCACCCACUGCGCGCCCAUCGUUACUGAAGGCUACAAACAGGAAUUCCCCGAGACAAGCACAUGGUGGUCUCGUACUGGGAGGAACUGGACAAAGCCGGCAUACACCUUGUACUAUUACGGCCAGGCGCCUUUCGAGAACACGACGAAUGCGACGUACGAGUACGUGACGAACGUUUCGGAUUUGACGGUGAAGUACAACACAGCGCCCGCCUUCUACAACAUAGGAACGCGCCAAGUCUACGGCGUCAACGGAACCAUCCAUCCCCAAUCCGCCUUCGCGCCCAUCCCGUCUCUUCAGCGCGCAGACGCAGACAUGGUCUUGAUCUUCCUCUCAGCCAACGAAAUCGGCUACACCGCCGCCGUCGCCGACCCGUGGUACUCGGCCAACAACCUCUUCGGCACCACAUGGGUCUACGGCGGCAACAACACGGGGGAGUCGCAGUUCUACUACCGCGACGAGCCGGCAUCCGUGCUCGGCUGCGUCAUGCAGCAGCAGAUCUGCAACCCCCGCGAAGAAGCGGGCAGCCGCCGCCGCUGCACGCCGCUGAGCUCGAACCUGGAUCUGCAGGCGAACGCGGCGAGCGUCGUGCAGCAGGGCGCGGACGAGGCGUGGUGGCUGCGGCGGCUGGUCGAGCUGCUCCUCGCGAAGCCGCCCGCGCUGUGGGACAUCAUCAACACCAUCGGUAGCCAGUCGUUGAGCUCCUCCUUCACGCUGUACAACGGUGUCCAGGCGCCGCUGCCGCCCGACCAGUGGCAGCGUGAUGUAGAACGGUGGCACUCGAUCAUGAUGGCCAGCUUGCAGGGGAGCGCUGUCGCCGUGGCCGAGGGCCCGUCGGCGCCAGAGUUGCGGGCAGAGUACCGGAGGCCGGUGGAUGAGAGGGAGAGGGCGCUUUGCAGACGGCAGCAACUUCUCUGUUUUCGGCCUCUCUUCAUCUUCGCCGCCGGCGGCCUCGUCAUCGUGGCCUCGUGGGUCCUCGAACCCUUCGUCGCGUACGUCCAACGUCGCUGUAAGCUCGACUCGUACGCGCGCCUGGAGUGGUGUACCAACGAGACGCUCCAGCUGCAACGUUUGGCGCACGAGGAGCUCGGGAUGGGUACGUGGUCCAAGUGCGACGGGGAUGUACCAGUUACGGAGAAAGGGGAAAGGCUGGCGAUGCUGGAUUUGGCGGAUUCGAAGCAUCCGAAGCUGAAAGCGAGACCGGUGGGAUGGGAGGAAAUCACUGCGCAAGGUCCCGUCGGACGCACACAGGAAGCCAAGGAGGACGACAGGUGA